AUGAAGAGAAGCUGUUACAUUAAAAAAUAUGAUACCCACAAAAAGAAUGUGGAAAACUGCAAAAAACUACUAAAAAAACUGAAGAAGUUCAGCAAUCAAAAAGAUGUAGCAAAUUAUACUCUAAGCUGCAAUCUACGAGAAGAGUUGGUAGCUGUCUCAGAGAGAAAGGACAUCUGUAAUGCAGUGGGGUCUACACUGACUUGUGAAAAAAUUGUCAAAGAACGAUAUGAAAACAUGAUGCAACAACAGAAAUUAACAAAUAUUUCAAAAGAACAAGCUGAACAGAUUUCAAUACUACAAGCUGAAGUUGAAAGAUUAAGGAUGAAGACAUUUCCUGCGCUUGUUCAAAUGUAAAACUACAGGCAGGAAACACAAAGCCAAAUUAAUCAUUUUUAAAAUAAUUUCAUUUGGGUUAAACGAUUUCUUUUGCUUUCAUUUGGGAAAUUUAAGUAGUCUCCUCUUAGUUGUAUGUUUUAAAUAGCGUGGUGCUUCAUUUUAGCCUUAAUCAGUAUUAAAAUUGCUCUCCUGCAUAAAUAAAUGUGCAAAAUGCUAUGGACUGUUUUCAUUCACAAUGAACAAAAUUUUAAGCCAGAAGGAAAGUAUCCAAAACCUAUUAUAUUCAUUUCACCUUAACUGAAUCAAUCAUAUUUAUGUAGUGAUAAUAUAGGAGAUCUUAAGGACAAAAGAAAUUAUCAGA